CGACUUCCCCUCUCUUAUUUUUCUCAUCGUUUCCCGAGAAAACGAGUUCAAAGAAAAAGAAAGAAAAGAAAACAAGCUUUCUCUUCCUUCAAAUCUCGUCAUCGUCCCCAAUCCACCCACUGCCUUUCCCAAACUCUCUCUGCAAAACAAUGCAACAAGGUGACUAUAGCUCUGUUUCCUACUACCAAUACCCUCCAAACCCAAACCCAAACCCAAACCCAAACCCAAACCCAAACCCUAAUCCCCCAGUCGAUCGUCACCACCCAAACCCUUUGCCAUCGACCUACGCCUCUGCACCUCCCUUCUCCACCACCUAUUCUCCCUCCGAUUACCCAUUCACCCAUUCACCUUAUCCCCCAAAUCCCGAUCUUCUCCCUCCCAUUGCUCCUUCAUACAACCCAAUUCCAAACCCUAACCCUAACCCUAACCCCAAUUUGCAGUCCUUCACUCCCUCCCCGUUUCAACCUUCGUCUUCUUUCCCAUCAUACGAUCAGCAUACCCCGUACCAACGAACCCCCCAGCAACAACCCUACGAUCAGCAUCACACGGCUUCUCCAUCUUCGUUCCCUCCAAACCCUAAUCCCAAUGCGUACUUGUCCCCAUACAAUUACCAAGGCUCUUCAGUUCCAUCGGUAUAUGAGAAUUCGUAUGAGAGUAAUGUGAAAUUUGAUCCAAGUGGGGGCUAUUUUGAUGAUCCUUCAGGUGGGUUUGUAGGUGGUUAUGGUCGGAGUCGGUCCGAUUUGGGUCCGGAUUUAUAUGGGAAACGAUCGGACGUUGAUUCGGGUUCAUACCGUGACAAUGGAUAUGGUGAUGGUGUGUAUGCUUAUCAAGGGGGUAAGGUGGAACCGUAUGGUGCUCGGGGCACCGCACCCAAGUCUUCGACUUGGUCAGCUUUCGAUGAUUUUGGAAGGCCAAUUAGUGUCCCCCCUGCGAAAGAUCAUCGGAGUUCGGCCAAGAUUGUGAGGGCAGUCCCUAAGGCUGAUACCCAGCAAGAUGUGAAAAGUGGGGUGCAGAAGUUUAGGGUUAAGCUCUUGCCAGAAAGUGGAAGCCAGAGCACAGUGGAUGUUCUUUGCCAGAUUGGUUUGGAUGGGAUUCGUAUGCUUGAUCCCAAUACAAGCCGAACAUUGAGAAUAUAUCCUCUUGAGGCGGUAACCAGAUUCGAGGUGUUUGAUCCAUCCACCUUUGCAUUUUGGUCCAAAAGUUCUGUGGAUAUUGAGCCAAGGCGUAUCAGACUGCAGUCAAACAGUUAUACUACCAACACUAUUCUGGACAUAGUAACAGCUGCCACUGUACAGCUCAAGGAGAUGGGUGGAAGUAGCAACCCUUCUGAUUCCUUGAAGCCGAUUGAACAGCCUGCUGAGAAGAAGAAAGGUUUGGCUGAUUGGAUGAACUUGAUGAAGCCUGGAAAUGAGGAGAAAGAUCACUGGGUUCCUGAUGAAGCAGUUUCCAAAUGUACAGCUUGUGGGACGGACUUCAAUGCUUUCAUGCGCAAGCAUCACUGCAGGAAUUGUGGAGAUAUUUUUUGUGACAAAUGUACCCAGGGUAGAACUGCUCUUACAGCUGAUGAGAAUGCUCAACCUGUUCGAGUUUGUGAUCGAUGCCUGGCAGAAGUUACUCAAAGGUUGAGUAAUGCUAAGGAAGUAGCCAGCAAAUCAGCUGGAUUGCGGAGUCAUGAGGAUCUUGCCAAGAAGCUUCAGGAUGAGAUGGAAAGAAAUCGCAAGGCAACAUCAGGCUCCAGGUCGGAUGGAUCCAGUAAGCGGAUGAAAGAAGUUGAGUGUCCUACUUGCACAGUUCAUUUACAGGUUCAAGUGCCCAGCACUGGUUCUGAGACCAUAGAGUGUGGUGUUUGCCAGCAUCCAUUCCUUGUAAGCGCCCACUGAUAUCGCACGCUAUGAUCACUGGAGGGACUGUACAGUAUGUCUCUUACUAUUCUUUAUGUUUAAUUUAUAUAAUAAUAUCUGUGCUUUUUGUAACUAAUAAUAUGGAUUAAUAUUGGGAUUAUCUAUUGUUUCAUUUUAUUCUCUUGGUUUAUGUAUUGUCACCGACUUUUGUUGGUUUGGUGUCAGCCGAUUUUGCUUCACUAGCAUGUAUAUGAAAGUUUGUGUUAUAAAUUUGGAUAAAUCUAUCUUCUCUCUA